UAAAGUUUCCUUAAAUACAUUUACAUGUUCGGUACUUUUUUAAAUACAAACGAAAAACUAUUGGAAUUACAACAGUAGCCAAAAUUGUCACGUACGACAUAGCAAAAUUGAUAAGAUAAAAGGAGUGGAUGCCGAUAUCUAUGCAUAAAUACUGCCACAUGUAACUAAAUAUUUCAUUUCCACUUUGUUUGUAACCAGCCUGAACUCUCAAAAAGUGUAAAAUAAACAAUACUAUACUCAAAUUAAGUUCAAUGAAAAUGUACAACGAAUACGUAUCUAAAAAAAGUAUUAGACCAUGAAAAAGUGUAGUAAUGGUGUAUUGUGCAGAAUAAAAGUUCGGUUGACUAAAUUAGUGAACACGGUGCAUUGAAUUACAUAUUAUGAUAAUUAUCGUAACAUUGACUUCCGGUAAACCUAUUCAAACUAAUCAAACGAUAGUGAAUGUGAGUGGAGAACAGUUGCAGGUUGUCUAAGCACGUUCCUGAUGAUGUGUCUUGGCAUUUAUACGCCAACCUAAACGUUUGUCUUACCAGAAACUAAAUUUUCCAAGAACAGUUCGAAGUUUUAAGAAAGUUUCUUUUCGCGACCUUCAUCGACAAGUGGUAACUUUCCCGUUAGGUAUACAAAACGGGUAACCGGUACACUUUGGCGUACGUCAGUAUAUCUUACUCUUGUUCGCGCAGUCAUUGAGUUAUUGCGGUUGUGUCAACAUCACCGGCUAAUCGCUAAUCAACCAAAGAAACACCGCCACUCAACUCAACAUGAUUAAAUAUAAAAUAAACCACACAGUGACAGUGCAUAGAGUGUACUAUAAGAUCAACCACCUGUGAAAAUCUUGAGACAAAUCAUCUGAAGACAUUUCCUCUGCGUUUGAAGGUUAGAGACGUACACAACAGCUGUGAUCGCUUUAAAUGGACAUGUCUAUAAAAUUACGUAUUAAAUUGAUAUUAUUGAACGGCUUAAACAAAUGAAUGUAGGUGUUUUAAGCGAGAACUGCAACGCUCGCGUAAUCUAUUAACAGAUAACGUGAAACCAUAAAAAGGUAUGCGCAUAUAUUCAAUCACACUGGACGUGUUGAGGCAUAUUGAAUGUAUGAUUAAACAUUAGUUGGACGACAAUUUUCCUGAGAGAAUGCACUGUUGGGACUUGUAUGGAUCUUUACACGGAAAAGCGUGACCAGAAAAUGACGCUUUCAUGAUUGUUACUAUGCGUACAGAAUCGAUUCUACGCGAUAAAAAGUGCAUCGCUGUGGAAUAGUGCUGGGAAGGAGCCUGCGACCACGAACAACAACGGCGACGACGGUGAACUUCGAGCGUAAUUGUGAUAAACACACUCACGUACACAUCUGGCUGGACCUCACAACUUCUAUAUAUUAUAAGUCCACGACGGACGGUCCAGUCAGUUUACGCGCGGAGCGUCCGAGUAACGCUCGGGGAGAUUUUCGACUUCAGAUUCGAAUUCGCGCGAGUUCACGAUGCAUACGACCAAAGCCUUCGUUUUCGUCCUGUUCGCUUUUCUCUUCGCUGCGCAUAACGCCGGCGGAAAAUCAUUUAAGGCCGCCAACCCCUUCGAGAAAGCCGAAGUACAAGGGCUGUACUCACCUCAAGACGACGUGGAGAUUCUAACGUCGCUCAAUUUUAGGGAACGCGUAUUUAAUCAACCACAUGCCUCCGUGGUGGAGUUCUACAACUCUUGGUGUGGAUUCUGUCAGCGUUUUGCCCCAUCAUGGAAGGCACUAGCAACGGAUACACUACCAUGGAAGUCGAUGGUUAGCGUGGGCGCUAUUGAUUGUUCCGACGAUAUGAAUAGUCAAUUGUGCCGUGAAUUCGAAAUUAUGGGCUAUCCGGCUCUACGCUAUUUCCAUGAGAACUACCGGACUGGUAUCGGCCGUGUGAUGCGCAAGGGUAAUGAUCUGGAUGAGCUCAAAUACGAGCUGAUGAAAGAAAUGGUAUCCGAACAGCGUAUAGGUAGAGGUUUGGUAUACCCGAAUUUGUUGCCGUACAGGCACAGCACCAUCAACAACCUGUUUGAAGGAUCCGACCCACGUGUCGUAUACGCUUUUCUGGUUGUCGAUGAUGCUGCUACCAUGUACGGUGCACACUUGGCGCUUGAUUUCGCCAAUGUGCCAGAGAUCGUGAUUAGGUAUGCUGAUUUCAAUAGUAGCGACUUGAUUCACAACUUGGGUAUCAAAAAACUGCCGUAUAUGGUAGCGACGGAAAGAAGUGGUAAGAUGGGCGUGUAUUUGCACCUGAAGACCGUCGAUGAAUUAAGAAACGCGAUCAUCGAGUAUGUGAAACCUACACUUAAGCUUCAAUAUAAUAAGGGUGAUGUGUUCCGCGGAAAGUGGAUAGAGGUCGAGGUGCCAGACAUAGCGACUUUAAUGCGCGAAAAGGAAAAGCAAGCAAUUCGGCAGAAAAUUAAGGAAAUGGGUGACGCAGUCUAUCAGGUGGACUUGGAAACAGCGUUAAAACGCAGUUUGCUCAACGAGGUAGCCGCUCGGAAGGAUAUCUCCGGCGAGCGACUGUCAGCGUUACGCGGAUUCGUUAACGUUAUCCGCAAGUAUUUCCCAUUGGGACGCAAUGGCCAAGUUUUCCUGAUGGAUCUCUUCAAUUUGGUGAAUUCACGCUCGGUGGUUCACGGUCAGGAUAUCGCGAAUCUAGUGCACCUGAAUGAGGGCGAGAAUAAGUUCGUGUUCAGCUCUGAGCACAGCUGGAUGGCCUGCGAGGGUUCCACGACUGCGAAACGUGGCUAUCCAUGCGGGUUAUGGAAGCUUUUCCACUAUCUAACAGUGCAGGCAGCGAAUACUGCCGCUGAUCCCAAAGAAGUGCUGUACGCGAUGCACGGCUACAUUAAGAACUUCUUCGGUUGCGAGGAUUGCAGCAGACAUUUCCAGCAAAUGGCGAAGGAGCGGGACAUUGAUGGCGUGAGUUCGCUGAACGGGGCGAUUCUGUGGCUUUGGUCUGCGCAUAACGUGGUAAACAAUCGGUUAUCGGGCGACGCGACUGAGGAUCCCGAGUAUCCAAAGGUACAGUUCCCGACUCGCGAGAAUUGCGCACGGUGUCGCGGCGCGGACGGUAAAUGGAAGUAUCCGGAAGUAUUGCGUUAUUUGAAAACGAUGUACAGUCGUCACAAUAUUAAAUAUCUUGGUACGGAUAUGCGCUUGUUCCAACAGCACACGCCAGUUGAUUCCAACGUAUCUUCAUCUGUUUUCGAACAGAUAGAUUCGACGAGGCUAUAGAAAAAAGAUGUACGCACACGAUCUGCUCGGCAAGGUCUGAACAACGAUAGGACACUUUAGGAAAUCAAUCAAUAUUAGGACGUCAACAAUUCUGACGAUUAGGGCCAUUCAGAAAGACUACAGUCGAAGCAACGAGGACAUCACAAAAUUCAAUAAUCAAAAUACAACAAAUGUUUCCGAUUAUAUUUUUAAGUGAAACAGGAUAUUAAAGCGACACAUUCCAAAGACGGUUA